GAAAUGUGUGGUCCAAGCAGUGAAUGCUUUGUUGGCCUAUUGGCUAACAUAAUAUCGCCCGUAGUGUGCGGUCUAUGCGAUCGAGUGGCCAAAGAGCCCAUACAUAGCCCGAGUUGUGGUAAAGUGUUUUGCGCCGACUGUACGGCAAAUGAUUCAAUCGAUGGCAUCACUGGUUUGGCCCACAAUAUGGAUGUCUGCGCCCGUAAUCCGACGAUCUAUUGCGCCGAUUGUGGCCACCGGUUGGCCAUCAGAGGACACGACUGCGUCCACAGAUUGAAGGCUAGAGUGGAGUCACUGACAGAAUAUUGUGAAAAACUGUUGGGAGCCGAGAGACUGGUCACCUCAUCACCCAUACUGUCCACGGCAUCCACUGAUGUGACCACUGAUGACCGCCGUUUGGCACAUUCAAUGCCGGGUUACGACAAACAGCGAUUUGUGGACAUUUCCAUUGAAGAUCUCAAUGAAUUCAUGUGCGGUAUUUGUAUGGAUGUGUUUGAGAGCCCAGUGUUCAGCCCCUGCUGUCGACAGACCUAUUGCAAGGACUGUAUCACCGGUUGGCUGAAGAACCAGAAAACCUGUCCCAACGACCGGAAACCUCUGACAGUGAAUCUGUUGUCUUCGCCGCCGCGAGUGUUAACUAAUUUGAUGAACAAAUUGAGAAUUAGAUGCGAUUUCCAGGACAAAGGCUGUCAGGAAGUGGUCCGACUGUCCGACCUGUCGGCCCACACGGACUCGUGUUAUUGCAAUCCCAACCGAAAGUGUACGGACUGUGCCCUACCGGUGGGCGUCGGACAUAACUGUUUGGCAAAUAUGAAGUUAACCAUUGAGUCGAUCACCGAUGAGAUGAAGCGUUUGAAGCGCGAGAACACUCAACUCAAGACUGAGUCCGACCGAUACAAACGCACCCAAAAUAAUACGGCAAAUGUGGGCCGGGAGGACAAGACUCUGCGUAUAGUGAACUCGCGUAUGAAUGAAACGAUGAAAGAGUUCGCCAUAAACGUGGCCAACGAAGCCCACGACCGGUACCGCAGCGAACCCGAGGGCCGGCUCUCGACGUUUGUCCGCAACGAGUUUGAGAAGAAGUACAAAAGUUUGUGGAACUGUUUGGUGAGCUCUUCCAUCAAUUGGGGCACUUCUAUACACCACUUCGAGAACCAUUACAUCUAUUUCAAGAUCGGUCUCUUCCACUUCAUGAUAUGGGAGUCAUCAAAAUGAUCAUGGUCAUCAUGUUGGUGGUGAUCAUUAUGCUCAAUUACUGUUUGUUGUUUUGUGUGUGUGUUUGUCAACAUUUGAUUAUCAUUGGGUGACUACCGAUGAUGGUUAUCACCAAUGGUUAGGAUUUUAAUAACCCGUUUCGGUGCAAAUGUUUCAUAAUUUAGUUAUAAAAUUGUGGUUUUUAUGUAUUUUAAUGAUUGAGUGAUUUUAUUAAAUGAUGUUUUUAUGUGA